UCGAGUCUAACAAAUCAGGUCUUACCACAAGUAAAAGUAUUAUACAAUUUUUUUUUCAGAAAUGUUAUUUAGUGAAGUACUGAAGUACGCUCAAUCGCGAAUGGUUGUAUAUUGUCCUUGUUGCCCCGCCCACCAUAAAUAUUUUGUUAGCAAUAAGAGCAUGUGUGUUCAGUAUUAGCAGAUCAGCAGUAAGGUAGGAAAGGGUGAGAAGGUUGUGUAAAGAAUGCAGUUAGUAGGGCAAGUUUAAUCCGCUCCUUUGAAUGGGAUAUGUUAGGGCCAUAACCCAUAUUUCUUAACCGGCCAAGAGAAAGUGGCCUGUUUGACUUUUGACAGAACAGAAUUAGCAAUGUGGGCUAACCGGCAUAUCUCGUAGACCGAAAGCAUGCUUGUUCUGGUUAUAUUUGAAGUUAGAUUUCUGCACAAAGAAGAGUAAUUUAAAAAUAUAUUAUAGUAGACGGUUUGUAGGUAUCAGUAACAACUUUACCGAAGUGUGACCUCAGCAAUGCUCGGAAAUUCUGCAGUUACCGUAAUCAUUAAAAAUUCUGAAGUAGUGUUAUUUAAGAUUAAUCGCUGAAUAUGUAAGUGCAUAUAUACGUGUAUAACUCAUAUUAAAAAGGCAAAGUGACUUGCAACUGCUUGAUGAAGUAAUAUCAUUACAACGACAUGAGACCAUCGGAUUCACGAUCAGUGACAGUUCUGCCUGGGACUUCACAAGAAUCUCCACACAGUAAAGGAGUAGUGUUGCCACCACUAACGUCUCAAUAUCCACAGUGGAGUAGAGGAGGAAAACUAGAAAUUGGUCUGUAUCCAAGACCACUUUCCAAUGUUAAUGAAAAUGAUUUGUCUUUCCAAAGGAACAAAAUGAAUGGAAGGGUUAACAAGAAGGGUCCUGAUAUGGCUGCAGUGGGGAGGUCGGAAGGUCUUGUAGUGGCACCAGUGGAUCCCCUUUUGCGAAUUACUCAACUUGAGCAGAACAUCAGAUUCCUGCAAGACCAACACAAACUCAUGUUGACCAGUCUUCACCAAGAAGUAGAACAAUUACGGCAAAGGAAUAGAGAUCUGCAAUUCCAGCUUGUGUUUACCAAGAGUGGGUUUAUUCAGAGUAGCCCAUCACCUUCCUCCCCUGAAGAUGAUAGUAAACCAAAGGUAAUAUUGAGUCCAAAGCAGUUGAAUAUGACUUCACUACAAGUUGAAAUCUUGGAAAAAGAAAUUUUAGAACUAAAGGGAGCUCUUCAGGAGGCCAAGACCAAGAAUGUAUAUCUCACUGGAAUUGUUGAAGAGCAGAAAAAUAUCUAUGUGUUGCUGUGUAGGAAGCUGGAGAGACUUGAAUGUAGAAGACAAGAAUUGGAAGCAGUUGGGAGUAAAAUAACACCAAGAAUGAAAUUGGAUGCUCAGAAUCAGACUGGUACAUUUACAAAUGAAGGGGAUACCAUCUCCCAAGAAGUACUGGAUGAACAGAUGUUAGCUGUGAAACUUGAAGAGGCAGAGAAAAUUAUAAGGCGUCUUCGUCGAGAAAAUGAAGAAAACAGGAGAGAAUUAGCGACAAUUCGAGCAAACCUGAGUAAGAACCUAGGUGGAAGUGGAGGUGGACGUCAGCUAGGAGGAGGAAAUAACAGUCAUCGUGGGGGUGGAGGAGGUAAUGCUGGUGGAGGUGGUGGUAAUGGUCAUCAUCGAUCUCACAAUCAGCAACAGUCACAGUCGCAGAGGUUUCCUCCACUCCAUACACAGAGCUACUGGCAUCAUGGGCAGCAUUCUCAACACAGAGGAGGGAUUGAGUUUGUGUCACAUCGGCGCUGUACAAAUGGUGGUGGUAAUGCUGGACGUCUAGAAAAAGAAACACAGCUGGUGGGUCGUCCUGCCCCAUCUCUUCCCAACCUUCACAGCAAUGGUACAUCAAGCGGGUAUGGAUUUUCAAAUAGUAACAAUGGAAAUCAUGGUAACUCCCAUCGCCGUGGUGGUCAUUUUAAUGGUAAUCAUUAUUACCGUGGAAAUAAGGAUGAAGUUGGUGAAGGUGGAAGGAAGUAUCGUGGUGGUGGAGGAAGCAGAGGCAGCCGGGAAGGAAAACAAUAGUUACCAUGGUGAUAUUACAGCUAUUGCAUAUAGCAGCAUGCCCAAAAGAACUUUUUUUUACAUUGUUUUAUUUAAUAUUUCAUAGCAUCAGGAUGUUUUUAUUUGAUGUGUACUUUGAAUUGUAUUAAUUUAUCCCAUUCUGCUUGUUUGGCCUAUUUGGUCUGUGGUAUGACUAGGUAAUGAAGUUCAGGCUUGUUUGCUUUCUAAAAGGCAAUGUAAUGUGCAAUACAGUGCGUAGAAUAGUGAUUCCAGUCGAUGCUUUUUGAAUGUUAAUGUAAUUUCUAUAAAAUACUAUUUUACUUAAUUGUUUGAUAACUUGUACACCAGUUAUUAUAAAGUUACACCUUAAUUCAGAAUCUUAAAGACUUUUAUACAUGCCGAAUAUUUUAUUUUUUAUGUACAAAUCCAAUGUAAUGAAUUUUCAGUUGAUUUUCACAUGAUGCUUAAUGCAUUAAGAGUACAUUAAUUUAUAUUUUGUUUACAUUCCAAAGUUGAUAGAAGCAUUUAUAUUUUAUGUCAGUUACAUCAUUAUAAAUUAUUGUAUUGUAUCAAUGGGUAUCUUGAAACUUAAGGUAGGUUGAGUUUUGUUCAUUUUGUUAAUUUGAAAUACUGGAGAAAUAGAAAUAAUUUGGUGUUAUAUUUAUAACUUACUGUAAUGAUUAUUUAGGUCAUUCUAAUCAUAAGUGCAUAUUCAAGCGCUGGAAUUGUUUAUACUUUUCAACUUGCAUAUGGUAUAAUGUAUCUGAGUGUGCAUUACUACAUCUUAAAAUUCCAGGUAGACUCAUGUAAUUUUGGUAACUGUAGGCUUGGAGAUAAGAAUGAUGAGAACAGUUAUUAGACUUUCCUAUUAAGGCAAGAAAGUCUAAUGUUAUAAGAAUGACAGGUGGUGAGUGUGGGAUUCCAGCACUUUACAUUGUUCAUCCAGUUAUUUAUUAUAAUAUAAUUAUUAUGUGAUUCUGGUAUGGUGUUCAGUGCUUAUGAGGCAGAUGUGAACUGCUUGUAUCUCAGACUAAUAAUAAAGUGUUGAAAUAUUUUGAUGCACUUAUUUAAAAUUGUUAAACAGUAAAUAUACUAGUGACCAAUGCAUGCCUGUUUUUGGUCAUUCAAAAAAUGAAAUAUGAAAACCAAGUGCUAAGUUUUGUGACAUGACCUGUAGAUUUCAGCUCCAUUUAGUAUUACUUGAACUUCCUCUAAUGAGUAAUUCUGAAACAUGAACUGCUAAUGCUCUUAAGCUACAUACUGAAAUGAGGCUUGGACUGGGAAAUAAACAAUAGUUUCCAUUAAAUUUCAUCUGAUGGUUUUAUUGGAGGCAUUAGAUAAACAUUCAUAAAGAUGUCAAAAUUUGGUUGGAAGUAACAUCAGUGUGCACUUUUAUGGAAAAAUUAGUCAGUUUUCAUUCUAGGUAAGAUAUAUAUAUUUUUUUCCUUCAGUUGUAAUGUUAACCCUUAAACCUAUAGCUGUGAUAUUCAGCUGAAUUUGAACAAGCAUUGUCAAAUAGUACAAUAUUCAACUUCAAUUCACUUCAAGAAUCGAUCUUUGCUUUAAUGCUACAUUAUUUGACUUCAAUCACUUGGCUAUGAAAACUGAUUUUUUUUUUAUUUUUCCCACAUUUUUUACAUAACAUCGCAUUAUUUUAGGAAAAUAGUGGGAAAAUAAUAUGCAGUGAAAAUGUUAAGAGACAGCAUUUAAACCCCCAGCAUACUAUCUGACGAUCUAGGUUUUUAAUGUCCAAAAUGCAAUGAUUCAGAAAAGUAAAUUGUAUUUAUUGCAUAUUUAGAGCUAUGAGCUCCAAAUAAAAACUGGACUAUUAAGAAUUAAUCCAUUUAUCUGUAUUUGAUAUUUUGAAAUAGUCUGUAUAUACAUAUAUAUGCACUUAGUUUACAUUACCUUCGGACUGUGUCGAUUACAAAAUUCGCUCUGAAAAGUGCCAGAAACUUUUAUGACAAAUGUACAUGGUGCAGCCAUGGAUUAUAACCCCUAGUCUUCCCACUCUGCUUUGUCACCACUGUCCAGUCAGAACAAAUGAUCGUAAACAUAACUGUGUCCUUUUAUACAGUGGUUCUGGUGUUCUAAGAACAGGAAGAGUGGGCAUAUCAUAUAGUAAACCUCAUUUAUGAGACUCAACCAUUAUGGUCUCAUGAGACAGGAAGCAAACACUGCCAGCAUAUUCUAUUUCUGUCUCCUUAACAUGCAUUUUGAGUGUUUUGUUUCUAGUUUCACACCAUAGGGACAUGACAUGACAACAAGAUUUAAUACUUGGCAGCAAAUCAAAGACAACUGAGGAAAACUGACAAGGAGGAAGAUGACAUGAAAGAACAAGUUCCAUUUCUACUCUCUCAAGGAUUGUACAAGCAUUAUCAACCAAUGGGCCAGUCUGCUAGUGUUGUUCAAGACAACAGCACAGAUGACAGUUCUGAGUUGUUUCUAAUUCCACUUAUACUACAAGGGGUGCAACAAACAAGCAAUAUCCAUCAAUUCACUGAUGAUAUGACGGAUAAAAGACAGAACUUUGCACUCCAUAUAAAUACUCAACCCCAUACAGUGUUUUAAUGUUGUCUUUUGCAUGUUAUUGCAUUGUUGCUGGAGGAUACUGAUAUAAGCAACAGUACUUAGAUUUCCUUGAUGGGUCAUCUCUAGUACUUGAUGUCACUGAAUCUGAAAUGUUUCUGUUCCCUGCAGUUAUUAUUCAAAUGGGACAUGAUGCAACUGGCAACCUGAUGGUUGACUGCUGAACAGUUCUUUUCAUUUUAUGGAAAAACAGUGGAACAUGACAGAUUUCAUCACUCUUCAAACAAUGACAGUGACGUUGGUAAUAAUGACCUGGACUGUAACAUGCUAUGGAAACUAAGACAUAUUUUUGAUGAUGCUGAAAGAUAGAAUAUUAUACCCCUUCUGAAUAUCUGGCUGCAAAUGAAGUUACAAUACUUUUCAAGGAAAGGAUAAUUUUCAGACAUUACAUAUCCAAGGUACACAUGUAUUACAGAAUAUCAGUAUAUAAAUUAUGUGACAUGUUUAGCUUCUCAUAUGAAGUGGGCAUCCACUAAGGAAAGGACAAGAUAUGUGUAGCCACAGACAUACCACCAACACAUCAUUAAGCUGCAAGGCAGUUGACAGAAGAUGUGGAAGGACAUGCACAUAAGCUGUACAUGGAUGACUUCAUUGCACAAUUUAUUCAACGUUCUGACAGAAAAGAAAAUCAGUUGUUAUGGGAGAGUCAGACCUAAGAGAAAGAUAUGCCUGUCUUCAUGUUGGUUUCUCACUUGGCUUACCAUUGAUCCUGAAGAUGGAGGCAGUAUGUUGCUCUGAAAUAUCUGUGGAUUUCUACUGGAUUAUACAGCAUUACAUCCCAGAAGAUGGUACUCUUUGUAGGAUCUGCUUACUGCCUACUUCUUGCUAGUUUCUUAAUGUCCAUAUAAUUUUAUUCUACAAGUAAUAUCUUGUUUUAAUAUCAUUGUAUACACAUAAGUAUUCUUUUGUCAUUUAUAUAUAACAGAGAAAACCUGAAAUCUGUUACUACCAGUUCUUGCUCUUGGAAACUAGAAACUCCUAAGUACAGUAAAUGAAACUAGUAUUCCCUAAUAAGAACUAGAAAUUACUGCAACUCUUAGAAAAAAAAAAACUUUAAUGGAAGCUGGAAACAGUGAACAGUAGUUCCUACCAUAUCUUCAUCAGUUAUUAACUGGUUCUAAACAGUUCUGUCAACACUGGACAGUACACAACAGUGAUGAACAUUUAUGAAUUUGAUUGUGUAUGUAAUUGACGUACUUGUUCAGAAAAUUAUUGUGAAGUUUGUUACAGAUGAAGUUUUGUACAGUUUGUCUGUAGGUGAUAUAUCAUUGAAUUGGCUCCUCUCUCACUUGUGGUGAUCAUGACACUUCAGAAUAGGUAGAAAAUAUGUUAAUAUUGCAGCUCCAGUGAUAAACUUGUUGCUGUCAACUGUGAAGUUUGUAACACUAAGAAGAGCCCAUUUAGCUUGGUAAGCUCAGUAACCAUUGCCAAGUAGAUCUGAUGACUUGCACAGCCAGUCUGAUAGAAUAAUUUAAUCGUGGUUUAUCAGGGCUAAUUCUGUACUGUUCACUGUGAUUUGCAGCCAAAAAACACAAAAAAGUUGAUCUACUGAACUAUAUAUUUCUAACUUCGGGUGUGCCGUGCAUUACACAUUCAGUGUCACAGUUGCAGCUUGUGCAAAAACAAAUAAACAGGAAUUAUCUCAAAAUGUUUCUGUCGUUCACAUUUGUAUUUCAGUGUGUAUUUUUCUUCAUAUUGUAUUAAAUUUGUUUCCUUUUGUUC